AUGAGGAGGGAAAUUGUAUCGACUCACGCUCUCGGCGACCCCCAUAGGCAGCCACCGGCCACCUUCGAAAAAGAGGGGACCCCCUGUUCUCCUUCAAAAGAUCCCAGCAGAUGUGAUCGAUUUCAAAAGAGGGGGAGCGACACACAUAAAAAGUCUUGGAUUCGAAGUGAAGAAGGGGAACUAUCCAGCCCCUGUUCUUCGAAUUCCUGUGGGGUGAAACACAUCAUACACGCACCUGCCGGGAACAAUCCAUCCCCUGUUAUUCGAUCUCAGGGGCGUCGUUUUCCUCAGGCUUAUAAAAUACGAGAAAAUCUACGAGAUUUUGGUGGCGAGUUCAGAUUGAAUUCAAUAGCGGAUAGUGAAUCAAUGAAUAUGGAGGCAAAAGAAGACUACCAUUCAAAUAAUGAGGCUUCUUCAUGUAAUGACAAUUCAGAAGAUGACUGGGAAGCUGUUGCAGAUCGUGCUCCAGAUGAGUUGCUGUCUGCAGAAGUAAAUUUAUCAAAACUGAGACUUGAAGAUAAAAAAGAUGAAGCUCCCCUCCCUACUGCAAGGCGUGGGAGGGGCACAUUUUCAUAUGAAAAACAUGGCUUGUAUUUGUACAGUGAUCAACAACAAUCUUCUUCUUCUAUACAAGAUGAUGAUUCACUAAAUCAAACUACAUUUACAUUGCCUACUUCUCAAGGACAUCAACCCACAAGAGACUUAAAAUAUGGUACUCGACAUGCUCUUGUUCUUGAAGGCUUCCAAGCAAAUAUGAGUACAAGUGGGCUAGAGAAUUUGUUGGACAAAUUUGUUUCUCAUGAUUUUGUGAUACGUUGGGUUAAUGAUACCACUGCAUUUGCUGUCUUCAGAACACCAGCAAUUGCUGUUGAGGCAUGUAAGUUGAUUAAGUGUUCAUUCACAGUUCGUGUACUUGAUGAGAAUGAUGUACUCCUAAGCUCCAUUCCAGAAAAAGAUUUGGAGCCACCUCGACAAAGGCCAAAAACAUCAGCAAGAACUGCCCAAAGGUUAAUUGCUCAUGGAAUGGGACUCAAGUUGCCUUCCACAAGUUUCACCCAAAAACAACUCAAGGAACAAGAAGCAGCCCGAAAGCAACGCAUACUUUCCAGACAGAAUCUCAAAGAUGAUGCUUGGGGGGGACCCACCGACUAAAUGUUUUCUUUCUUUUACCUGCUGGAUUUUAAUAUCUGAAUCUAAUCACGGAUAUUAUUAGUAUUAUUAUUAUGGAUUCAAAUGUUAACCUACACAACCUAUAAAUUUUAUAGGGGAUAAAAUGCCAUCCCAAUCAACGGAUUUAAACAAAACUUAUUGUUUCAUGUUUCAAGUUUCUGUUUGUUUCGACUUAGAACCUCGCACCUAACAGCAAGUACUUCGAAAUCAGUAAGUUGUCCGGGACCAAAAAGCAAUUCGCAUCCAUGUAAUUCGCACCCAAAUAGCUUUCGCAUCCACAAGUUGUUUGCAACGUUAUACUUCGUUGUUCGCAUUCGUUUAUUGACUGUGAGUCAUUGCGAUCAUUCGCAUUGGUUCGCAUCCAGUCACAACUUGGAUCUCUUGCACACUCAAUAUCUCAUUUGCUAUCAGGAUCCCAUUCACACUCAACACUCAUCUUGUAAUGUAUUUCGGAAUUUGAACUCAUCUUGGAGUUGGGAUGAAUUUUGGAAUUCGGAUUGUAAACUUGUAUUCUCAUCACUGAGACCAUUUGAUAAAUUGUUGAAAUAUGAUAAGACAUAUAUUGUUGGCUUUAGAUCCCACAAUGUAACGCUGAUGCAAUUAUGAUAUUUUAACACAAACUCUAUUACCUAAGCUCAUUUUUUUAGUUUGCCUGUUCGCAAGGUGAUUGAUUAUG